CCGCGGUGGCCGCUGGGAAUGGCUGGCCCGCGGCUCCGAGCGCCAGCUGAAAGUGACGGGGUUGCCGGGUGAUCAGACGCGAGCAGCACAAGACACUCAGUCUCUCGGUUUGGAUCCUCGGUAAAAUUUUUCUGGUUACAGUUGCUGAUUGACUGUGUAGAGCUUGGGAAUGAGAUACAGCUGAGAUUUCUUUGGAUUUAAGUCGUGCUUUUGAAGUGACUAAGGACGCCGAUUGUCUCCUCCUGUGAAGUUACCAACUACGUACACUGGCCAUGGAUCAGUCAAACAAUGGCCUGCCACCCUAUGCACAAGGGUUAUCAUCACCACCGGGUGCCAUGACACCAGGAUUGCCUAUGUUCAGUCCCAUGAUGCCAUAUGGCACUGGCCUGACUCCACAGCCCAUUCAAAGCUCCAAUAGCAUCUCUCUCUUGGAAGAGCAGCAAAGACAGCAACAGCAGGCAGCACAGCAGUCCACAACAUCUCAGCUGUCAACUCAAGUUACUUCCAGCCAGCCACCACAGUUGUUCCAUUCACAAACCAUGACCACAACUACUUUACCAGGCAUCACGUCUCAUUAUCCCUCACCAAUGACUCCUAUGACACCCAUAACCCCUGCUACCCCUGCUUCUGAGAGUUCAGGAAUUGUACCACAACUACAAAAUAUAGUGUCCACUGUCAAUCUGGGUUGUAAACUGGACCUGAAGACAAUAGCUCUUCGAGCAAGAAAUGCUGAAUAUAAUCCAAAGCGUUUUGCUGCUGUCAUCAUGAGAAUCCGGGAGCCUCGUACAACUGCACUUAUUUUCAGCUCUGGAAAAAUGGUGUGCACUGGCGCAAAGAGUGAAGAACAGUCACGUUUGGCAGCAAGAAAAUAUGCAAGGGUUGUACAGAAAUUGGGAUUCCCAGCUAAGUUUCUGGAUUUCAAGAUUCAAAACAUGGUGGGCAGUUGUGAUGUGAAAUUUCCCAUUCGACUAGAGGGCCUGGUGCUCACUCAUCAGCAAUUUAGCAGUUAUGAGCCUGAGCUGUUUCCUGGAUUAAUCUAUCGAAUGAUCAAACCAAGAAUUGUACUACUGAUAUUUGUAUCUGGAAAAGUUGUAUUGACUGGUGCAAAAGUCCGUGCAGAAAUCUAUGAAGCAUUUGAAAACAUCUACCCAAUUUUGAAAGGUUUCAGGAAGACAACAUAACUGUUCACAAGGACUUUCUACUCUCUGAAGGACCAUUUCAUUUGCCUGUUGCCUUGUAUAGUCUGUAUAGUUUGAAUGCUGUGUUCUGCUGCAAUGUUUACAUGGGGUGAUUCAACUUUUUUAUUUGCGAUGGUUUAGGAGUAAAUUUAGUACUUUUUAAAAUAGUAUCAUUCUCGCCACCCUAUGACAGCAAUUUUUACAAAAUCAUUGUUAGGAACUUGAGUUAUCUUUUACUUGGAAUUUUAUCAACCAAUGAAACAUUUUGUUUUGCAUGUUAUUUA